CAAGCCCGUUUUUCUCACCUCCAACGAUUCCUUGAGUCGACCCACACCUUCGAACUGACUCCGAUUUUUACAUCCGGUUCUGAGACCCCUUACGACGACGCCAAACGGCGUUUGAUCAAGAUUUAUUCACUUACGUUUCCACAACGUAUGAAGCGCGCUCUAACCGAGGAGUCUUUGGGUGCCGACGAAAGAGUCGCCGAGUUUCGGGCACGCGUAGCUCCUCUGCUAGAGGGUUUGAACGCCGACUUCAUGAUGAAGUAUUUGCUUUACACACAAUUGCCUACCGACAGUCAGUCCCACGUUUCUGGCCUUUUCGAUCUUCCCGUUGGCGAUUUCCAAGAG